AUGGUCCACCGAUCUAUGACUUAUAGAUCGGUACCAAGGCUAAUGUCAUAUCUUUUUUCAUUAAAUUCUCCACCUUCCACUCAAUGGAGAUGUCUACUCAACAUCUCUUGUGGAAGUCAGCUGACCAAAGUAGCUGGAUUGCCAACUGCAGUAGUUGGAGACUGCAUUCUCAGCGAGGAAGUGGUAGCUACUAAAAAAUUGCAGGACUAUAGUUUCAAGAAUCCACUGGAUCACAAUAACUCAGUCCUCUAUAAUCUAAGAGAAGAACCAGGGAGAUCAGCUAGUCCUAUCACCUUCAUGAAUGCCUCCAGAGUCACAGAAUUCACCUUCUUGGGUCUCUCCAAAUCUGGGCCAACUCAACUUCUUCUAUCUAUCCUGGUAACGAUGUGUUAUACUGCCAUCCUGUUGGGAAACCUCCUCAUUGUAUUGACUGUGUAUAUAGAUUCACGUCUUCUAAGUUCACCCAUGUAUUUUUUCUUAGCUAAUUUAUCCAUCCUUGAUACUGCUUUGGGUUCCGUAGUUGUUCCCAAGUUGGCAGCAGACUUGAUCACCCAAAGCAGGACUAUUUCAUUUGGGAGCUGUAUGUCCCAGCUCUUUUUCUUACACUUCUUUGGGGGUUCAGAGAUGCUCCUCCUAACCCUCAUGGCCUAUGAUCGCUAUGUGGCUAUUUGCCAUCCACUGAAAUACACAACCACGAUGAACCGACCACACUGCAUUAGAUUGCUGUGCUUCUGUUGGGUUGGAGGUCUUCUUCACUCUUCCAGCCAGGUGUUCCUGGUCCUACGGCUUCCAUUCUGUGGGCCAAAUGAGGUGGACAAUUUCUUUUGUGACGUUCCACAGGUAGUCAAAUUGGCUUGUGUUGAUACUCAUGUGACUGAGAUACUCAUGGUGGCCAACAGUGGCUUGCUCUCCCUGGUUUGUUUCAUCAUCUUGUUGAUCUCCUACGGCAUCAUCCUGAGCACACUUCAAGGUCGCUUCAAGGAGAGUGGAAAGAAGGCUCUGCAUACCUGUAGCUCUCACUUGAUGGUGGUCAGCCUUUUCUUCCUACCUUGCCUUUUUGUGUACCUUGUUCCCAUCUUCAGUGCCACUCUGGACAAGGUGUCUUCCGUAUUUUAUACCACAAUCACUCCUUUCCUUAAUCCUAUGAUAUACUCUCUAAGAAAUCAAGAAAUGAAGGAGGCAAUGGGACGGGUAAAGAAGAAAUUCAUUUCCCCCCAGUGGUUUUAG